AACUUGCCCAGGGUCACCCAGCUGGCAGAGGCCAGAUUUGAAUUCAUCUUCCUAAUUCGAGGCUGGAUACUCUAGCCACUCUAUGCCCAUUAAAUGUCUCCCCCAGACCCUGUAAUCCAGUGACACUGGGCUCCUGCUUGUUGCUCCCCCAAGACUUUCCAUCUCCCAAAAAGCCGUUUUCACUGGCUUUUUGUUUCCCAUCCUAGAACUCUCUCCCACCUCCCCUCCACUUCCCGACUUUCCAGCUUCCUUCAGAACUCCACUCAAACACUGCUUCUGCCUGCCCUGGGCCCCUUGAUGCUAGUGCCUGCCCAAAGGGCAUUCUCUCCAGUUCAUCCCAGCUUGAGCAUGUUGAUUCAUGGCGUCGCCUGAUGUCUCCCUGCUAGGCAGAAUUCCUCAAGAGCAGGGGCUGGUUUUUACCUUUCCUUGGCUUUUGCCUGCCACAUAGUAGGGGCUUAGUAAAUGCUUAUAAUUUGGCGACUUUAUGCCAGUUGCUAAGUUUCUCUGACCUUCCAUUUCCUCAUUUAGUCUAUAAUAUAGUCACUGAUUUCCCCUCUUUACAACCUUCUUGUGAAGAUCAGGGUGACUGGGUUGGUCAGAUUAUAAAUGAUUAUAAAAUAAAUAAAAGAUGGUCAUAUGGUUAUUUGGUCUAGCCUUGCAAGUUGGACAAGAAUUAUUUUUUUCUAUAGAGAAGUGUUGAGUAGACAGCAGGUGGGGCAGGAGAGAUUUACAUUUUUUCUUUCAGAUUGGGAGAGUAGGCCAGAAACAAAGGAGACGGCUCCAGAGCUGGGUGUUUCCAUGGAAACCUUCCUCAAGCAACUCCCAAGGAUUCAUCCUGGGCAGAAAGCUUACGAAUGUAAUGAAUGUGGGAAGACCUUCUACUGGAUGGGCGAGCUUAUUCGACAUCAGAAGAAUCACAUGGGGGAGAAGCCUUACGAAUGUCAUAAAUGUGGGAAGACUUUCCUCUGGUUGGGUGAACUCAUUCGACAUCAGAGAAGUCACACCGGAGAGAAACCUUAUAAAUGUCAUGAAUGUAGGAAGGCCUUCUUCUGGAUGGGAGAGCUUAUUCAUCAUCAGAGGAGCCAUACUGGUGAGACGCCUUACGAAUGUAAUGAAUGUGGGAAGACUUUCCGCUGGAUGGGCGAGCUUAUUCGACAUCAGAGAAAUCACACUGGCGAGAAGCCUUAUAAGUGUAAUGAAUGUAGGAAAGCCUUCUUCUGGAUGGGAGAGCUUAUUCGACAUCAGAGAAAUCAUACCGGAGAGAAACCUUAUAAGUGUAAUGAAUGUAGGAAGGCCUUCUUCUGGAUGGGAGAGCUUAUUCAACAUCAGAGGAGCCAUACUGGAGAGAAGCCUUCUGAAUGUAGUAAAUAUGGGAAAGCCUUCCUCCUGGGGAGAGAACUUACUCCACAUCAGAGGGUACUCACAGGAGGAAAACCCUGCGAAAGCGAUGAAUGUGAGAAAGGCUACCCCCAGAGGCAGAGGCCAGACUAUACUCAAAGAAUUCAUGCAGGAGAGAAACCUCAUGCAUGUAAUAAAUGUGGGAAGGCCUUCCGUCUGAGAGAAUACCUUACCCGACAUCAGAUAGUUCAUAACAGAAAGAAGUGCUAUAAAUGUAAUGAGUGUGGGAAGGCCUUCUCUCUGAGUACAAAACUAAUUUGUCACCAGAGAAUUCAUACUGGAGAGAAACCUUAUGAAUGUAAUGAAUGUGGGAAAUGUUUCUUUCGUGUAUCAGACUAUGCUAAACACCAGAAAAUUCAUUCUGGAGAAAAACCUUAUGGAUGCAAUCAGUGUGGGAAAGUCUUCUAUAUGAGAGCACGAUUUCUUCGACAUCAGAGAAUUCACAUUAGAGAAAAGCCUUAUGAAUGUAAUGAAUGUGGGAAAGCCUUCUGCCAAAAUGUUGACCUGAUUUGUCAUCAGAGAAUCCAUGCUGGAGUGAAACCGUGUGAGUGUAAUGAAUGCGGGAAGACUUUCUGCCACAAUGGAGAUCUUAUUCAGCAUCAGAGAAAUCAUACUCAAGGGACCUCCCAUGAAUGCAGAGAUUGAUUUUCAGUGACCUUGCCAGCAUCUAUGGCAUAAAUGAUCAUUUCUAUGAUUCCCAGAUCUAUAUCUCUGACCUUAGUCUCCUCCGCUCCAGCACCCAUAUCACCUCUCUGUUUAGCCCAUUUCUAUCUGGAUGUCUCACCAGCAUCUUAAACUCAGCAUGUCCAAAGCAGAAUUGAUUGUUUAUACCUUCUAAGAUGAUUCCUUUUAACUGUCCCAUUUCCGCCGAGGGCACCACCGUCCUGGGAGUCAUUCACGAAUCCUCACAGGCCCUCGUCCCACAUGUGCAAAAUGAGUUGCCAGGUUUUGUUCUCCACCUCUCCCGUGUGUCUCCUUCUCUGUCCUCACCCAGUCACCACCCCCUUGUGUGCCCUCAUCCAGAACUAUUGCCAUUGGCCCCUCAACGUUCUCUCUGCGUCUAGUCCAUCUUCCACCCAGCUGCCAAAGUGGUUUUUGUAACAAAAGGGAGAGACCGUCACUCCCGUCUCUCCUCCCCACCAUCCGGUGGAAGCUUCCCACACGGCUCUCACCUACCUCUCCAGGCUUACUGUACGGCACUCCCCUUCUCACAUUCUUUGGUCCAGCUAAAGUGUCUGUUCACAUUCCUGUUUCCUGGCGGGCAAACGUUCUGUGUCUUAGCUGUGUCCCAGCCUUGGAGGGAUAUGGUGGCUAGGAAGACCCGAGGUCACCUCUGGCCUCAGACACUCAUUAGCCGUGUGACCUUUAGUUGCCUGCCUCAGUUUCCUCAGAGUAAAAUGGGGACAACAAUAGCAUCUACCUCCCAGGAUUGCUGUGAAAGUAAAACAGAUGAUUUCUAGGAAGUGCUUUGUAACCCUUCAGAUGCUACAGAAAUGCCAGCUAUCGUCGUUCUUGUCAUCGUCACUAUUGAUCCAGCGUGUGCCCAGCAUGAGCUCUGCUCCCCGAUGAUUAAUCAUACCCUGUGAGCUUAUGGGAGAGGGGAGGACACAAGCCGUGUGUUCAGACCCAGAGCUGCCCGUCUUGACGUCUGUCCCCACUGAAAGUCAUCGUCUUGGAUCCCUUUGGGAGGCUGACUGCGUCGUCCAGUGUGUUAGUGCUGCCUGUGUCUCGUUAAGAGGCCGUGCCCGGAUUCGCUCCUGCACAAUGACACUCUGGCUCCACGGUGUUCAGUAAGAAUUAUUUAUGCAUUAGAAAAUGGGCAGCGAAAUGUUUGACUUACAGCAGCAGUAAAAUAACAACCAAGAAGCACGAAAGCGAAGGCAAGAAGAGCGCAUAGAAGCCAAGAAGACAUCACCAGAUUGGGGAGACACCAACUCCUGGGUUCCCAAGGCUGGGGGUCCCACCUGGGAGGGUCCCGGGCAGAGCGUCCUCUCCGUGGGGGAGACUCCAGAGGGCUUUGUGAGGACCUUUAUGGGGGCCGCAGACCAAAGUGGCUUUUGGCCGGGAAGCCUGCUAACUUGGCAAGGAGUGGGGCGUGUGGGAUUAAAGCCAAAGAUGUUGGACUGAACAAUUGUGGGUCUGAGAAUCUUCCCGAGGGGGGGCCAACCCUCCCUGAAAGAUCCACGGGAACAGUGGCGAGUUCCUAGAAACUGUCGGCCCACAAACGGUCAGACGUCCACCUGGGCCUGGCCAGGGUCCCACGAGAUACCCUCCUUCACGCCCGUCCUUGAACCGAUACCAUGUGGUCCUAUCUAGGUCCAGAGCUCGGCCUCGGCCUGUAUUAGCUUCCCAAAUUCAUACAUGAAUCUUUCACCUGCCAAGAGGAUGACUUUGCUUCCUGUGUUCUCCAAGGCCUGAGCCGGCACCAAACCACGGGGAGCGCUUUCCGCUCAGCCAUCCUCGGGCCUCCUGGGGACCCGGCCGAAGGGCACUUCUUGAGCCCUCUGCGCGGAGCCCUGCAAAGAAGCCCCGCGGCUACCAGCCAACAAGGGGGAUCCGUGCACGGAAGAGGGGGCCCUUGGGUGCCCUCUGAGCCACGUCCCCAGGGCCCCUUUCCAUGGGCGUUUGGCCCUGCCACCCCGGAGCAUGCACAGCCAGGAAGGUUAGAGGCGGAACUUGAACCCGGCCCGCUCUGCGUUAUGCCGUUGUGACCUCUCGCUGUCCCGGCUACUGUAAUCAUGUAAUCAUAACAGCAUUUAUUAACACUCAAAGCCUACAAAACACUUUCCACAUCUCUCCCUUGAUCCUUACAACCGCCUCAGAAGGCUACCCUGGCCCUGGCUUACAGAUGAGGAAACUGAGGCCAACAGUUGUGGCUUCUCCAGGAUCCCAGAAUUUGUGAGAGUCUGAGGCUGGAUUUGAACUCAGGAAUUCUGGUCUCCAGGCCCAGCACCUUAUCCUGUGCUCUCAGUUACCUCUAGUUGAAUAAACCUGUCA